AUGGAUAAGCUGCCAGUAGAGCUUGUCUCUAAAAUCAUUGAUUACCUCUCUCCGCGGGAGCAGGUGCAGCUGCAAUGUGUAUCAAAACGGUUCUUCGCCCUUGCUCGCGAUAAUGGUCUGUGGAAGGUUCAUUGCUACGAAGAUGCGUGGCAUCCCCCCGUCGGUAGAGCCGCCGCGGGCAGCGUGGAGACCCGGCCGUUGCAGGGCCAUACGGUUCCCUUGAGCUCUUUAGGCUCGACUUCUCUCCGGUCGCUGAUCCAGCAACCGUCAUCAUCAUCGUCGUCGUCGUCGUCGUCGUCGUCGUCGUCGUCGUUGGAGCUGGGCUUAGACUCCCGUCUGUCGUCACAGGGGAAGAAGGCGAGGGCGGCGGCGGCGUGGGACCCGUCGUUUGAGCGCGAGGAUGUCGACUGGUACUCGGAGUAUAUCGCGCGGCAUGGACCCAUCUCGCUGAGCUGGCUGCAGCAGCCAUUUACGAAGCGGGCGCAGAGCAACCGCAAGCUGGACCUGGAGGUCAAGGGGAUGGGGUUGCUCAAGGACUGGAGCUCCGCCCGGGAGAACAAGGUCGUGGCGCCGCUGGAGGACGGGAGUGUGUGUAUCUGGGAUCUGAAUCACUCGCAUUCCACGGGCUCGCACACGACCAAGGGCAAGAUCUUGGGCGUGAGUGCGCCGGGCAUGCUCAUGGCAGACUGGUCUCGCCGGCGGGAUGUCUCGGCAGCAUCCAAGUCGGCGCUGGAGUUCAUCAACAUUGGCGAAUGUGUGAGUGUGGACUCGCUCCGGCGGCGGGCGUACAUUGCCGUCGGCAAUAUCUUGAACGAGAUCGAUCUGGAGACGCUGCGGGUCGUCUCGCAGCAGAGGUACCCCUGGUCGAUCUUCUCCAUGUCCCAGGAGACGGACUACUCGGUGCCACUAACCCUAGCAACGACCCUCAGUCUGCAGAUCUACGACUCGCGACUGUCCGCGCCAGACGAGGAGGAGGCCAUCAGUCUCCGCUGCGAGCGCGAGGUGGUCCCCUUUGUGCCGGAAUCGCAGCUCUUCACCCUGCCGGACUCCCCGCUGCUGCAGCUUCGCCCGGAUGGCCUCCCCCCGCAGCGCAUCCGCAGUCCGGACCCUCUCGAAAAGGGCGCCAACUACGCCCCCCUCUUCCAGCCCGGCCCCCUCUCCGUCCUCCAUCCACCGGCACCCCAUGUCAACACCAUCCUGCUCGCAGGCCGCUUCCCCAGCAUCCUCUGCUACGACCGUCGCUCGUUCCCCAAACUACAGGCCACAGUGCACUCGGGUGGCCGGCUGUGUGGCCUGGCCUCCGUCCCUGCGCCCCGGUUCCCCGUCUUCUCCGACCCGGACUGGCUGCGCUCGCACACCGUCGUGGCGUGCGGCGAAUACAACGGCCGCGGCUCGCUGGAACUCUACAACCUCACCUCCUCGCGAGACAACCCGCAACACGACCCGUCAGAUCUCUCCUCCCAGCUCGCCGUCGCCUAUCGGAACCGACAGAGUGCCGCACGCUCCAAACUGCUCUCCGUCGAGGCCCAUGGGACCCGGAUCGUCUUCUCCGACGCUGACGGCAACCUCAAGUGGGUCGAGCGGGACGGCCGCGUCGAAGUCCGCCGCUGGAAUAUCGGCUCCUACCAGCCACGAUCCCGCAGAUUGCCUUCCAAUAGUAAUAAUAUUAAUAAUCAUAAUACCCUCGACGGCCGGAAUCCUCCUGGUGUUGCCUCUUCCGGCACUGCUGCUAGCAGUGAUCCUACUACUACUACUACUACUCCUCCUCCUCCAGGAUCCAACACUGGCCUCUGGUCCUCGGCGUACCGACACAGCGAGGUAGCCCGCAAGGUGCUUUCGACAGGGGGGAACCUAUCGGGCGAUGAGAUUCUGAUUUGGACGGGGGAGCGGAUUGGGCGCGUGAAAUUCUCCGUCCCUGCAGAUGCGUUCGACGACCACGACCACGGCGACGAAGACGACGACGAGGACGUGUCAUCUCCCGAUGAGGAGCUGGAUCGAGACACGCGCGACGAGAUCCGUCGGCGGAAACAGCAAGAGCGACGGCAGGAGAGAGAGUACGCGGCGAUGAUGCGCAAGACGUUGGAGCGACAGGCGGAUGAAGUGCGAUGGAUGGGGAGACUUGGAAUGACCUAG